AUGGAUCCAUUAGGAUAUAACUUCCGUCAGCCCAUGCUUAUCAGGAAGUUGGCCAAAUGGCAAAUGCUGUUGAGCGAGUUCGAGAUUGUAUACAUAGCACAAAAGGCAGUUAAAGGACAAGCCUUGGCUGACCUGCUAGCUGGAAGCCCAGUGGAUGACCAUAGAAGAAGAGGCAGCGGAACCGUGGAAGCAAUGCCACACAAGUUAGUGACAAAGAAAGUAGUGUCCGACUUUGUGCGAAGCAAUAUCAUAUGUCGAUUUAGUAUACCUGAGUCCAUCAUUAUUGACAAUGGAGCAAAUCUGAACAUCCACUUGAUGAAGGAUAUCUAUGAGAAACUCGAGAUCACCCAUCGAAAUUCGACAACUUACCGGCCACAGAUGAAUGGAGCCGUAGAAGCAGCCAACAAGAAUAUCAACAGGAUAUUGAGAAAAAUGACAGACAACUACAAAGGAUGGAACGGGCAGUUAUCAUAUGCCUUACUGGGAUACUGUGCCACAGCUAGAACUUCAACAGGGGCAACACCUUAUUUAAUUGUCUACGGUACUAAAGCAGUCAUACCUGUUGAAGUCGAGAUACCUUCUUUAAGGAUUAUGCCAGAAGCAGAAUUGGACAAUGCCGAAUGGGUCCGAGCUCGAUAUGAGAAAGUGGCCUUAAUCGACGAGAAGAGGAUGGUUUUUGUAUGGCACGGUUAA